UAGCUACAUCUCAGUUCAAUUGUGAGCCUACAUAGAUGGAAUCUAUUUUGAAUGCGAUGGAUCGUACCUUUUCCUUGCUGCAUUCAAUUUUUUUCUUCCACAACGGCCGUGUUUCAUGUUAACGAUGGAGCUAGAAUCCAAGCAAAAAACAAGCUGCGAAAAUACCCUAUUCGGUGAGCCACCCAAACCGCAGCGCAAGUGUUUUACUCGCAAGAAGCGUCCAUUAAGCGAGGAGCAACAGCAGCAAACGAACAACGAACAAAAUCGUAUGGGCACCGAGCAAAAGAAAGCAAAGGCAAGCUAAACGAACGAAUCCCGCACGCUAAGAGCAACACGGCUAGCUGUGUUUUGCUAAGAUAUUAUUCCAGUAGACAGUAGACUAGCCGUGAAAAAUGUACAUAACCAGUGACGAAUCUUUUGAAGUCGAAGGGAAGAAUGCUGCUAGUGUAGAUACAAGACAGGUCGUGAACCUGAUGCUUGAACUACACACCGAGCUUGGGAAGGCACGAGGUAUAUUGAAACAGAUGAACCCCCAGAUUAUCAAUCCCAACACCACCGAAAUGGCAGCAACCGCUCCGCCGGAAGUUGCAGAAAUGUUGCGAGCAGGGGCGGAGGCUGCAGUCGGCAAUUCUUUCGCUGAAUUCUCCAAAGCCAUCAAGGGUUCAUCGUUAACACUGACCAAAGCGUUGGAAACAUUGAAACGUAUCCAUCACGAAAAUGCUUCUGUUUCGCAGCCGGACAAGAUGCUGCAGAUACAGACACAAUGUGCCUCUUUGGAUCAGGCAGAGAACUUGUUGUAUACGAUCAAUUUAGAGUUACGGGAGGUGCUGCUGGCGGCUAACGCCUCGUUCGUCCACGGACUGUGGCACAACAACGAUCAGCUGUUGGAAACGGAAGGUGUGAAGGAUGCCCUGUUGCGUCUACUAGCUACACUGACAGCGGCAUUAUCUAUAGAAUAACUUUCUAUGGAAGGAUAAGAACGUUACGUAAAACCGAUGGAGAAACAGAGGACUGACAAAUAGGAAGGCAGACUAGAUUGUUUGGAUUUUGUUGUAGCGCAUAGAACGAAUUUUAAGUCUAAACAGUUGAAUUGGGUCCAGCAAUAAGAGUAAUAGAAUUGUAUUGCAAGGAAUGUAAACGGCCACAAUAAAACGACUCCUUACGUCGUGUAA